CUAGGGCAUAGAGGACCUGGGGGCUGGGGGAAAUGCCCCUGCUUCCAAUCCCAAAUUUAGUAUUAGUACUUAUCUGGCAAAAAGAUAAGUGGAGACCAUUAGAUAAAGUAGUAAUUCGGUCAAAGAGCAGAUAACAAUUAUUGUGAGAUAUGUGGAUGACCACGGAGUUAAGUAUGAAUUUCAUGAUAAUAGUAAAUGUUCCCAAAUCAAGUAAACAUAGGGUAUCAUGUUGGUUUUAUAUUCUUUAUGUCAUUUUUAUUUACAAGAUCACCACUUGACGAAGUACAAGUAUACAUCGUCAAGAGUAAUAACACUCAUUAACAUCAACAACUCUGGGUAGUACUGAGUCCUCCGACUGCAGUAGUAGGAAUAACUAAGUAGUUAUAGUGACUAUGGUAGUAAUUAAUAUUCCAAAGCUUUUAUUAGUAAGUGGAGUUUGAUCAUUAGUUGAUAGGGACAUAGACAACCAAUAAUAAUAAGAAUAACAGAGUAUUAUUAAUAGAGUGUUAUUGUAUAAAUUAAUGUUUUGGGCCAUGUAAUUCAUGAAAUAUGGGCCAGCCCUUAGGAAGAGAAAUGAUAUAAAAGGGGGAAGGAGGGAGGAAGAAGGUAGGCAGAUUUUCAGUUGUAAUUAGUGAUCACUCACCUUUUAGGAUGAACUCAGGGGGGCACAAUUCUUCUCAAAGAUUGAUUUACGUUUUGGCUACUUCCAAAUUCUGAUGACUCCAUGUUAGGGACAGACCUAUUAGGGUAUUAAAUAAAAGAGUUGGUGUAGUUAUAUUUCUGUUUGAGAUAAUAACUACAUUCUGUUGGUGGGAUACUAUAAAUAGAUGUAAAGUCAGAAUAGAGGGAGGCUAUUUUGACUGUUUAGUAUUUUCUGGGAAGAUUGAGAAUUAUCUCUCUCUUGGGGCUUCGGCCAUUGUUACUGAGCUUCUUCAUCAAUAAAGUUUACAGUUCUUGUUCUUGAAAUUUUCUUUGAUAAUAUUUUGUAAAUUUUCUCAAUACCUAGACAGUUCUAUCAGUGGUAUCAGAGCAUCGUCGAUCUUUGUGGAUGGUCUGGACAAGAACGAAGAUGGAUAUACGAAUGAACGAACUGGAAGAGAAAGUAGACAGAAAUCAACAACAGACCACGGAGAUGUUAGCAGAGAUGCAGGCGACUCUUCUCGCCAGAUUGGACGCUCGAGCGCAAGAUCGAUCGCGAAGUAGAUCGAAAGCUUCAACCGCUUCGCAUCGCACUUUGCACAACCAUCAAUCACGCCAUUCACGAAAAUCAACUCACUCUGGAGAUUCGGGAGAAAACUCAGACUAUGAACCUACGCAUCACCAUCAGCACCACCAUCGGGAGCGUCAGUCACAACAUGAACUAAAAUCAGUGAGUUCAAAUGACUCGGAAGGGAACAACCACUACUCACCACCACAUCACCAUCAUCACCGACACAGAGAAUAUAGUCACCACCACCACCAUCGAACAGGGAGGAAAAUUGAUUUACCGUUAUUCAACGGUGAAGAUGCUUAUGGGUGGUUAAUCAGAAUUGAUCGUUAUUUUCGUCUUAAUCAUAUCGAAGAGGAUGAUAAGGUAAACGUAGCGGUGGUAGCUAUGGAGGACAAAGCCCUUAGCUGGUUCCAAGGAUGGGAGAACCAAACGCGUGAGAGGAAUUGGGGAACUUUGAAGGCAGCUUUAACUAGGCGAUUUCAACCAGAAUUGGUUCAGAACCCUCUGGGACCUUUAUUAGGUCUUAAGCAGGAAGGUAACUAAGGGAAUUUUCUUGAAUGGAUUGAAGAAGGACAUUAGAGCUGAGUUGAAGCUUUAUUGUGCGAGGAAUCUGGCUGAGAUUAUGGACACAGCACUAUUGACUGAGCAUAAGAAUCAUGAAGUAUUGUCUAGAAGAAACAAGGAGGAAGGGAAGAAGGUAUGGAAGACAAAUCGAACAGGACAAAGUUACCAUAAAUGGGGAAAUGGCUAUAGAGGGAGUUCUAGUACAACCAAGAACCCAUUUGGCGACUAUUCAGUUGAUGAUAAGGAGGAAUCUUCAAAUUCGGUUCAGAAGAAAACAAGCCCCAGAUUAUCACAGAAUGCGCUGCAAGAAAGAAGUAGAAGAGGAUUAUGUUUUAAAUGUGGUGAAAACUGGAACCGGGGUCACAAUUGCAGGAUGAAGAACUUCAAAAUGGUGAUGAUGGAACUAUCUGAAGGAGAGGAAGGAUCUGAAACUGCAACUAGUGACUCAGAAGUAGGAGAAGGGGUUCAUAUGGGAUCCAAGACUACGUAGUUGUCAGUCUUAAGUAAAGAAGGAAGCUCCUCUACGAAUACUUUCAAGGUAAAAGGGGAAUUGAAAUGGUCAGAAAAUGAGCAAAGAUGAAUAUCUUGAUUGAUAGUGGUGCUACCCACAACUUUAUAUCCCAACAAUUUGUAGAAAGAUGGAAGAUACCUUUCCAAAGUAUCAAGGGAUAUAAGGUACAAAUAGGGAAUGGAGACUUGAUCUCUAACUAUGGUAGAUGUGAAGGGAUGAAACUGAAUGUGCAGGGCAAUGAAAUUCAACAGAAAUUUUAUAUGUUGGAGCUAGGUGGGACUGACAUGGUGUUGGGAAUGGAAUGGUUGAUUGAUCUAGGUGAUAUGGAAGUUAAUUUCCAAAACCAGAUCAUAAAAUGGAAGAAACAAGGGUUGAAUCAUAUUAUUCAAGGAGAUGGAUAUUUGUGGCACAAGGAGGGACAAAGUAAUAAGCAGAAGCAAGAGCAGAUAAUUGAAGGCAGAAGGAAUCUAUAUAUAUUAAAACGCUUAAGUCACGUUCCCGCCUACUGACUAGGGAUAUUUACGUAAUUACAGCUAAACUUUCUAUUCUUCCGAUUUACCCUAGCGUAUUCUUUCAAGUUCGGGGAAAUUAGGGCUCUAGAACAGACCUUCCGCUACACUUCUCGCUGAAGUUGGCCUCUCAAUUGGAGCUCUGUUAUCAUCAAACGAAUUCAGAUUUUAGGGCUCGAGCACAAACCUUGCGCUAGACUUCUUGCUGAACUGGACUCUCAAUUGGAGCUCUGUUAUCAUCAAACGAAUUCAGAUAUAUUCGACUUGAUCCAACUCCAAAGAGUCCAUCAACUCCAAAUUUCUCGAUAUUGGUGAGUAUUCGUAGACAAAAUAUUGGUCAUCCGGAAGCAGUCUCUCUGUGCUUCAGUACAGAGGUAAGACUGCGUACAUCCAACCCCCCUUACCCCACCGUGGGUGGGAGCCUUUGCGGCACUGGGGUAAAUGAAAAUGAGUGAUUUCAUGCUUUUCAUUUUAAAAGUUCAAUGAACGGUCUUCAUGCCCUUUCUUAAUUAAAUUACUUUCACACUCCGUACUAUCUGAUUAAAGAUAUCUUAGCAAAGAUGAUGUUGUUUUAAUGGAGUUAUUUUGUGAAAAUUGUAGUUGCAGGCUUGCAGCUACGAGGACUCUAAAUAGUACUCCGUAUUAGUAUUGUUAUGUGUUUUUCUUAUACUAUGUGAAAAAUAUUUCCACACAGUAUACCCUGCAGCUAUAGUUGAACCCCUUAGAUUUUAUAAAAGAGUUGUCAUGUUGAUUGUUUAACCACUGAGGUAUUCAAUAAUUUGUGGGAAUCUAAUUAAUACAUGGUUUUGUCUGAUCAAAUCCACCUUAUUUCAUUACUUCCACAUUAGUUCUGUCACUUUCUUUCAUCAAUAUAAUUGAUUUAUUAUAUCUGUGAUUUAUUAUAAUUGGUUUAUAAAAUGUAAUUAUCUCCAUGUAUGUUUUCUGGAGUUUUAGUCUCCUUUGUUGAUACAAUUUUAUCAGGUUUUGUGUUCUUUGAACAUGCACUUUUUAUAUUGGAUCCCACCAAAAGUUGCAAGUAUCUGGUGGAUUUUUUAAGGACCAAAAUACCUACUCUGGGACAGCCUUCCUAAAGCUGUAACGCACUCCCAGUUUUAGAUGCUUUUAAUAUAAACUACAUGAGAUCUAAUAGAAUCCCAACAAUGAAGAUUAGGCAGUCCUCUAAGCUGACUGAUAUUCUAAAAUAAGAAUGUCAUAACUAUGACAUUCUACUAACAACUCUUAUUAUUUUCUUAUUUUUCUGUUCUAAGGAGAGAAUUCUUUGCUUCAGAAUACAUUGCUAACACAUUCAAAACCAUCAUUCUAAGUCUUUUUUUGAAAGUGAAAGUCUUAUUCCUAA